AUGAACUGUAUUAUUAAUAGUUAUAUGUUUAUUCAUAGUAAAGAAUUGUAUGGUUGUUCAUUGAAAUAGUAUGAUUAAGAAACCGUGAUUGCAUUGUCUACAUUUGGGGAAGGCACCUAAGAAUUAUUGGUGUUGUCAAAUAAGGAUGAUAAUUUGUAGAAAAAAUCUUAAAUCAAUCUUGAUUCCAAAUUUGUUAUUCAAUUAAUGUUGCUUAAUGAGUUAAUAGUUGUUGCAGGUGAAAGUUUCCAAAUCUUCAAGUAUUCUAAAAACAAAAUUGAUCAUCUUGUCGAUCUUCAAUCCAAUGAAGUGACUUCUUGUUUCGACAACGUUGAUAAUCAAAAGAUUAUUUCUGGUUCCAUCAAUUCAAUUCUAACUAUAUGGGACAUCAACACUCAAAAGGUUCUCUCCCAAACCUAAGUCUUCCAGAAUCAAGAAAUCUAUGACUUGAGUCUAAGUGCUGAUGGGAAUGUUGGAUCGCUAAUUACCAAUAAGAAUGGACUCUUUCGCUUUGAUGUAAGACUUAAUUAAAUUUUCCCCUUCUAAACCAGACAAUCACUAAAAUAUAGCAAAAUCAAUUAUAAUAAAUUUGACAACUCUUAUGUAAUGGCCAUCGAUCAAGAAAACGGUAUCAUCGAUUUAUACGAUACAAGGCAAAUACAAUAAACCUGCCAAAGAAUUAGAUGUUAAGACAUUAUAUCAAAUGCUGACUGGUUGAUGAACUCACUUAUUAUUUCAGCUUGUCAAGAAGGCAAUGUUGAAAUCAUUGAAAUGGAUACUCAUUUAAAGCAAUAUUAAAUUCGCAAAGAAUACACCAUAGACAAUAUGUAAAUUUACGAUAACAUAGUUGGUUUGAUAUCUGCCAAUCAUUUUGGAUUGAUAUACCUAAAAAAAUGA